AUGGAACAACGAAAGAAUCAGAAAUUGAUGGUCAUCUUCACCAACAACUUCAGACCGCAGCUUCAUCCUUGUGCUGCUUCAUCGCCGACGAAGGAUCCGUCGAAACUGCUCAUCGCCGGCGCUGUUCAGUUUUUCUGUUUUUUCGGAAAUUUGCUUGCUCUCCAUCGCUUUUCGUUUGUUUCAUUCAAUCGCUUUCUUCUUCCCUCCCACUACCUUGAUUUUCGAUUGGUGAUGUCCAAGAACAGAGCAUCUAAUUUCAUUUGGUUGCGUUCGGUGAUUUCAAUUCGGUUUGUGGUGUUGCUAAACAGGGUAUCUAGUUUCGUUCAAGAAGAAGGCAACUAACAAUGCUUCCAUUAAAAGAUAUCACACCAGCAGCAAGAAACAACAUCAACACACAGUUCAUAAUUUUGGAAAAAGGGAAGAUAACAUUAGAAGGAGGACAAAACAAGACAUGUAUGGGAUUAGUUGCAGAUGAAACUGCAUCUGUUCACUUUCAAUUAUGGAAUGAAGAGUGUGAUGCGUUUGAGGCAGGAGACAUUAUUCGUUUGUCAAAUGGGAUAUUUUCUUACCAACGUGGCAAUAAUCUUGUUUUGAGGGCAGGGAAAAGAGGGAAGGUGGAAAAAGUGGGAGAGUUUACAAUGGCGUUUGUUGAGUCACCAAAUAUGAGUGAGAUUUUGUGGGCCCCGGAUCCGAAUAAUUCGGGGAAAUACGUACGAGAGUCUGUAAUUUCGACCCAUUCGCGUAUUUUCCCACCAACCGUUUAGAUUGUGUUUCUUUAGAAUAGGUUGGAUUGUAUUCUACUGGACAAGUUUUGUAGGACUAUUUUUUGAUGAUAAAAAAGAAGAAGGG